ACAAUUCAACCUCUCGUGCCUUGUGGCUAUAAAACGAUCAAUGGCGUCCGCCGUCUUCGCUCUCUCUUCCCUCCGUCUUCGACCCAUCGCUGCUGCCGGAGCUCGACCAAACGACAGAAACUCUAGGAGAACUUCUCGGCCCAACCCUAACCUCAAGUACCGCAAGCCCCCCGACACGCCUCCCUCCUACCGCUCCGCUGGCGGCGCUGGGGAAGCUACCACUUACACUCGGCUCCCUCCCAAGGACGAUUUCUCCGGGGACCCUUCCGUCUCUGGGAUCUCCUCGAUCGGGGAGAUCAGGUUGCGAGAGUCGCCGGUUCCAGCCUUGGACUCCGCUAAGAAGCAGCAUUCCGAUCGCAAUCGCCGUGGAAGGCAAGAGAAGGACAGAGGUUCCAACUUUGUGGAGGACAUUGACGAAGAAGAAGAAGAAGAAGAAGAAGAAGGGCAAGAGCUUGAGGAGUUUGGGGGGUUCGAUUUCAAUCCCAAUUCCAUCUUCGAUCCAUCCCUCGGUCCGCCCCAAUUAAUUUCGAGAGAGACGAAGGGUCAACGGGAAAAGAAUCGUGCCCAGAAUUUGACCUCCAAUUCAAGCAGGAACAUCUAUGGUGUGGGUGUUACGGAAGAGACUGACGACGAAGAUUUUUUGGAUUUUGAGUCGCCGGAUGAUGAGGUGAUUUUGGCAUAUGAAUCCAGUCCUCCCGAAAUUGAGGCAUCGGGGCUGGAGUUGGACAUGCAAGCCGAUGGAGAAAUGCAGGAUUUUUUUGACGGGGAGGAAGAAUUUGGAGAGGAGGAAGUGAAGGAGAAGGGGAUUCCUGCGAUUAUGAGGUGCUUUGAUCGGGCAAAAAUAUAUGUUAAGGCCGGGGAUGGAGGGAAUGGAGUUGUGGCAUUCCGGCGUGAGAAAUUCGUCCCUCUUGGUGGUCCAUCUGGAGGAGACGGAGGGAAGGGAGGAAACGUGUAUGUGGAGGUUGAUGGCGCAAUGAAUUCCUUGUUGCCAUUUCGUAAAAAUGUGCACUUCAGGGCUGGGAGAGGUGGGCAUGGCAAGGGAAGCAAGCAGGUUGGAGCAAAGGGGGAGGAUGUCGUCGUGAAGGUGGCACCUGGAACAGUGAUCAGAGAGGCCUUCAAAGGCGGCAUGCAAGGUGAGGUUUUGCUCGAGCUAAUGCUUCCUGGGCAGCGGGCACUUCUGUUGCCUGGGGGGAGGGGUGGGAGAGGUAAUGCAUCAUUCAAAUCAGGAACUAAUAAAAUACCCAAGAUUGCUGAAAAUGGAGAAGAGGGUGCUGAAAUGUGGUUGGAUCUGGAACUAAAGCUGGUAGCUGAUGUUGGAAUUGUGGGCGCUCCAAAUGCUGGAAAAAGCACACUUUUAAGUGCUAUAAGUGCUGCUCAGCCAACCAUUGCUAAUUAUCCCUUCACAACUUUGCUUCCAAAUUUGGGAGUGGUUUCAUUAGAUUUUGAUGCCACCAUGAUUGUUGCUGAUCUACCUGGUUUGCUUGAAGGUGCCCACAGGGGCUUUGGCUUAGGCCAUGAAUUCCUAAGACACACUGAAAGGUGUUCUGUCCUGGUGCAUGUUGUUGAUGGUUCAGGGCAGCAGCCUGUGUAUGAAUUUGAGGCAGUUAGAUUGGAACUGGAAUUAUUUAGCCCAGAACUUGCUGAUAAGCCAUACAUUGUCGUGUAUAAUAAAAUGGAUCUUCCAGAAGCAUAUGAGAGAUGGAGCACAUUCAAGGAACACCUACAAGCUCAUGGUAUCCUACCUUUAUCUAUGAGUGCAAUGAAUAGGCAAGGGACACAAGGUGUUAUCAAUGAUGCCUAUGGUCUUCUACAAAAAGAAAGGAAACAAAAGGAGGAACUUGAAGAUUGGACUGGUCCAUUUAAUCUAAAUCAUGUUGCGGAUACAAUACAAAAGGAAAGAAGCUCUUCCAUGAACGACUUCCAAAUUGUUCAUGAUAGCAACUCCAAUAUAUGGCAUGUUGAAGGAGCUGGAUUAAGACGUUUUGUUCAAAUGACAAAUUGGCAAUAUUCUGAAUCUUUGAGAAGAUUCCGGCACGUUUUGGAGGCAUGUGGUGUUUACAAAUCUUUACUCAAACAAGGUGUCAAAGAAGGCGACACAGUUAUUGUGUCCGGGAUGGAGAUGGUAUGGCAUAAUGAGGCCGAGAAGAAUAAUCUGCCAGGCACGAGAAAACAUGCAACUGGUUCUGUAAAAUGGCCGCUUUGUUAGUGGAGUAUGCAAUAUGGAAUUCAAAGGUUGAAGAAAGGGAGUCUAAGCAUUCGGAAGGGAUCCGGGUGCUCGGACCGCCUGUGUGGGUGCCGCAGGCACCUUGGCAGGCGCCCGGACCAGAAAAGUUAUCCCGAAGCUGAGUUGGAGCGCAACGACUGGUUGAACCCACGUCAACGGUCCAGCGCCUAGAAGUGGAUAAACUUUGCGGAUGAAGUUUCGACAAGAGAUCGCCACGUCAGCAAUGGUCCAAGCGCCCAUAGGGGUUCUAGGCGCCUGGAAUGGACAUAUAUAAGGGCCUUCGACCAACAGCUUCAGAAUAUUAACUACUACAAGUUUCAUUCUUACGUGCUGCUCCGAAAAGACUCCGACGAUAUCGAAAGGUUACUCCGAAGUUCAAAGAACGAGUGAUUCCAAUUUCCUUUAUGUUUGUCGGUAACAACUAAUUUAGUUCUUGUACUUAAUAUUUAUAACUAAUUAUUCAAACUGAUAGUAAUUGCCUAACGAAAGCGAUCGACGAUCGUGA